CACCCAGGCAGGGUACAGGCUUGACGCUGAGACCAUUUUGUUAACCCUGGAGUUCCUGAGGCUUCACAGGCUUGGCUGGACAAUCUUGUCAUUGUCCUUGGUGCAGUUCAUAGAGGUGGUGACAUUGGGACCUCACUGUAUCCCGGGAUGUUGGACCGCCUGGGCCUCUCUUUUCUUAGUGAUGGCUCUAAGAAUGUGAGCCUUCCCACGGUGGAAAACCCUGGAGCCGAUGUACUCGCAAGCUCUCCCAUUCUAAUGUGGCCAAUAAGGUCCAUCAAGGGGAUUGCCUAAAGACUGUCACUGCAGGAGUUUUGGGAAUUGUUGACUACCUGGACAUGGGAACGCCGAGAAACCUACAAACAGGUCUAUUAAGGAUUUGUCAUCUCGAAAAGAAAUAUUUUAUGACUGUUUUCCAUUAAGAAGGUGUCAACAGAGGUUUGUGAUUUUUGCCACAUAAGAGACUAAUUUGAAACAGUUCCCUGGCUGUGGUCAGAUGUCUGAGACUGGCGAGAACUAGGCUUGGAAUGCUCAUCCUUCAGCGGGAGGCGCAGCGCUACCUACACACGAUCUAAAUGCAAUCUCUCUGGUGCCACUUAACAUAAUGGAUGGCUUUUCUGCAUCUCGCGUUCAGAUAGAGGACUGAGCCUUGCCGUGCUGGGGGGGCGUCUUCUCCGGAUCCAAGCACUGGCCGUUCGCUUCUGUUUCCAGAUGUGUUUUCUCAAUUGUGUACUUGAAACAUCUACCGUCACAUGAACUCCAGAUUGAGCCACAGAGUUCUGUGACCCCCGAAAGAUCCAGGAAUGGUGUUGCCCGGCUUCCGGGCAAGCCAGUUUUACAUCUGCUUGACAAUUAAAUAAAUAUAUCCUUUGCUAAUUAAGGCUAUGGAACCAAAUAAAGACAUGCACAUUCCUUUGCCAAAUGAAGUCUGGGGUUGUUGAAUUUCCCUGUAACUGGUUAUUUUCAGUUAACUAACAUAUAAGUUAUGUACAAAUGGACGUGAAGCCUGUGGCAAUGUAUCCGGAUUCUAGCCCACACUGAAGAUUUAAAAACAACAACAAAACAAAACAAAGCCUAUUAUGACUAAUCCCUGGGAAGAGAAAGUCUGCAGAAUGGCCCAAACGAGUCUACUGCAAGGGAAGCAGUUUUACUGUCGGGAGUGGGUUUUCCACAAACUUCAGCACUGCCUCCAGGAGAAAUCAAGCUGCUGCACCAGUGCAGCCAACACACAGUCCCUUGUGGGGAAUGCUGGGAAUAACGCUAGUGCCAUCUCUGGGAAGGGAGCCUCCUGGGGUGUGUUGCUGGUGGGAGGGCCUGGCAGUGGGAAGACAGCCCUGUGCACUGAGCUCCUGUGGCCCAGCUCACCAGCCAGCGUGCAGAGAGGUCUGCAUCGUCAGGCUCUGGCUUUCCACUUCUGCAAAGCCCAGGACUCGGACACUCUGUGUGUCGGAGGGUUCGUCAGAGGGCUGGUAGCCCAGAUCUGCCAAAGUGGACUCCUCCAAGGUUAUGAGGACAAGCUAAGAGAUCCAGCCGUCCAGAGUCUCCUGGAGCCCGGAGAGUGUGAGAGGAACCCGGCGGAAGCAUUUAAAAGGUGUGUGCUGCUCCCGCUCCUGGGGAUGAAGCCGCCCUCACAGAGCCUCUACCUGCUGGUUGACUCCGUGGACGAAGGCUGCAAUGUGAUGGAAGGGGAGCAGACAUCAUCCGGGCUCUCCGGGACUGUGGCAGAGCUCUUGGCUGGUCACCACGAGUUCUUUCCCCCGUGGCUACUGCUCCUCUGCUCCGCCCGGAAACAAAGCAGAGCGGUCACUAAAAUGUUCACUGGUUUCCGGAAGAUCAGUUUGGAUGACCUUCGGAAGGCGUACAUCGUCAAGGAUGUACAGCAAUACAUCCUCCACCGCCUGGAUCAAGAGGAGGCACUUCGGCAGCACCUCACCAAGGAGACAGCUGAGACUCUGAACCAGCUGCACAUCAAGAGCAGUGGGUGCUUCCUGUAUCUAGAACGCGUGCUGGACGGGGUUGUAGAGAAUUUCAUCAUGCUUCGGGAGAUCCGAGACAUCCCAGGAACUCUGAAUGGUCUCUAUCUCUGGCUCUGCCAGAGACUUUUUGUCCGAAAACAGUUUGCCAAAGUUCAGCCCAUCCUGAACGUGAUCCUUGCAGCCUGCCGGCCCCUGACCAUGACAGAAUUAUACCAUGCCGUGUGGACCAAAAAUAUGUCUCUAACCCUGGAAGACUUCCAGCGCAAGCUGGACGUCCUCUCCAAGCUCCUGGUGGAUGGGCUGGGCAGCACCAAGAUCCUGUUCCACCACAGCUUUGCCGAGUGGCUCCUGGAUGUGAAGCACUGCACCCAGAAGUACCUGUGUAACGCUGCGGAAGGGCACAGGAUGCUGGCCAUGAGCUACACCUGCCAGGCCCGGAACCUGACCCCACUGGAAGCACAAGAAUUUGCCUUGCACUUGAUUAAUUCGAAUCUGCAGUUGGAGCCAGCCGAACUGGCCCUGUGGAUGAUCUGGAAUGGCACCCCAGUCAAAGACUCUCUGUCCACCUUAAUACCCAAGGAACAAGAGGUGCUGCAGCUGCUGAUCCGGGCUGGCGCUCACGUCAACAGCGAGGACGAUCGCACUUCCGGCAUCGUCCGGCAAGCCCUCGAGAGAGAGGACUCCAUUCGGACAUUACUGGAUAAUGGGGCUUCUGUCAACCAGUGUGACUCCAAUGGGAGGACUCUGCUGGCCAAUGCCGCAUACAGUGGCAGUCUGGAUGUUGUGAAUUUGCUGGUCUCCAGGGGAGCUGAUCUAGAGAUCGAAGACUCCCAUGGACACACUCCACUCACGCUAGCUGCUAGACAAGGGCACACGAAGGUGGUUAACUGUUUGAUUGGGUGUGGAGCCAACAUUAAUCACACCGAUCAGGAUGGCUGGACAGCGCUGAGGUCCGCUGCUUGGGGAGGCCACACGGAGGUGGUGUCUGCCCUGCUUUACGCUGGCGUAAAGGUAGACUGUGCAGAUGCAGACAGCCGGACGGCUCUGCGGGCAGCAGCCUGGGGUGGCCACGAGGACAUUGUCCUGAACCUGCUACAGCAUGGUGCCGAGGUCAACAAGGCCGACAACGAGGGACGGACUGCACUGAUCGCUGCAGCGUACAUGGGCCACAGGGAGAUCGUCGAGCACCUGCUGGACCACGGUGCAGAGGUCAACCACGAGGACGUGGAUGGCAGAACAGCUCUCUCAGUGGCCGCACUCUGUGUGCCUGCAAGCAAAGGACACGCGUCAGUUGUGAGCCUCUUGAUUGACCGAGGGGCUGAGGUCGAUCACUGUGACAAGGAUGGAAUGACCCCCCUGCUGGUGGCAGCCUACGAAGGCCAUGUGGAUGUGGUCGACCUGCUUCUCGAAGGAGGAGCAGAUGUGGAUCACACAGAUAACAACGGGCGGACGCCCCUGCUGGCUGCAGCUUCCAUGGGGCAUGCUUCUGUGGUCAACACGCUUCUGUUCUGGGGCGCAGCCGUGGACAGCAUCGACAGCGAAGGCCGGACAGUCCUCAGCAUAGCUUCGGCACAGGGCAAUGUGGAGGUGGUGCGCACUCUCCUGGACAGAGGCUUGGACGAGAGCCACCGAGAUGAUGCUGGCUGGACGCCUCUCCACAUGGCAGCUUUUGAGGGCCACAGACUAAUAUGUGAAGCUCUGAUAGAACAAGGUGCUAGAACAAAUGAGAUUGACAAUGAUGGGCGCAUCCCCUUCAUUUUGGCCUCACAGGAGGGCCAUUAUGACUGUGUCCAGAUCCUGCUGGAGAACAAAUCCAACAUAGACCAGAGAGGCUAUGACGGGAGGAAUGCAUUGCGUGUUGCGGCUCUGGAAGGGCACCGGGACAUCGUGGAAUUACUCUUUAGCCACGGGGCUGAUGUGAACUACAAAGACGCCGAUGGGCGGCCCACACUUUACAUCCUGGCCUUAGAGAACCAGCUUACCAUGGCUGAGUAUUUUUUGGAGAACGGUGCAAAUGUGGAGGCCAGCGAUGCAGAGGGAAGGACAGCGCUGCACGUCUCCUGCUGGCAGGGUCACGUGGAGAUGGUCCGGGUGCUGAUCGCCUGCCAUGCCGACGUUAAUGCAGCAGACAAUGAGAAGCGCUCGGCUCUGCAGUCUGCGGCCUGGCAGGGCCACGUCAAAGUGGUCCAGCUUCUGAUAGAGCAUGGCGCCGUGGUGGACCACACGUGCAACCAAGGCGCCACGGCCCUCUGCAUCGCGGCCCAGGAGGGACAUGUGGAUGUGGUGCAGGUGUUGCUGGAGCACGGCGCUGACCCCAAUCACGCCGACCAGUUUGGACGUACUGCCAUGAGAGUGGCUGCCAAAAACGGGCAUUCUCAGAUCAUUAAGUUGUUAGAAAAAUACGGUGCUUCCAGUCUGAAUGGCUGCUCCCCUUCCCCUGUCCACACAAUGGAGCAGAAGCCUCCACAGUCGGCACCGACCAAGGUGCAAUCUCUGACCAUCAGGUCCAACAGCUCUGGGGGCACUGGUGGAGGUGACUUGCAGCCUUCCCUCCGGGGCCUGCCCAAUGGGCCCGCCCAUGCCUUCAGCUCUCCCUCAGAGUCUCCAGACUCGACUGUGGAUCGGCAGAAAUCGUCCCUGUCCAACAAUUCCCUGAAAAGCUCCAAAAAUUCCUCCCUGAGAACAACGUCCUCCACAGCCACGGCUCAAACGGUGCCCAUUGACAGCUUCCACAGCCUGUCAUUCACAGAGCAGAUCCAGCAGCACUCGCUGCCACGCAGCCGCAGCAGGCAGUCCGUCGUGUCCCCUUCUUCCACAACCCAGUCCUUAGGACACAGCCAUAAUUCCCCCAGUAGUGAGUUUGAGUGGAGCCAAGUCAAACCAAGUCUGAAGUCAACAAAAUCAAAUAAAGGAGGCAAGUCAGAAAACUCCAGCAAGUCUGGGUCAGCUGGGAAGAAAACUAAACAAAAUAAUUCCUCACAGCCAAAGGUUCUAGAAUAUGAAAUGACCCAGUUUGACAAAAGAGGACCUGUUGCUAAGUCUGGGAGUAGCCCACCUAAACAGACACCAGGGGAAUCUCAGUGUAAAAUUGUGGUCCCUUCGCCUCAGGACGGCAGCCGCACCCAGCCACAGUUUCUCAUCCACCAGCAGAGCGGGGAGCAGAAGAAGAGGAAUGGGAUCAUGACGAACCCCAAUUACCAUCUGCAGAGCAGCCAGGUGUUCCUGGGCAGGGUCUCCGUCCCUAGAGCAGUGCAUGAGCGAGGGCAUCCGGAGGUGCUGGAGGGCUUCCCUCCCUCGGAGACAGAGCUGAACCUUAAACAAGCCCUGAAGCUCCAGAUUGAGGGCUCUGAUCCCAGCUUCAACUACAAGAAGGAAACGCCCUUGUGAGAGUUUCCCCUUCUGUGAAACAGAAGGCUUGUGGUCAGAAUGCCCGUUCAGCUGCCAGAUGGAAGCAGGACACCUGAGGAUGUGCUGGCCAGACUGUGACUCCCUCAGUACUGUGUCCUGACGUACUGUCAUGUGCCUACCCAGUAAGGCUGCCCUUCUCAGCGUAACCCCAUGCUGAAGCAGUCUCCGCCACACCGAAUAAAUGCAGACGUGAACUGCAGCUCCUCGAUACAACCAAACCCGGUUUUGAGUAUUUUCCCAUUCUGUAAAUGUGCAUGUGCCACAGUCAGGUGUCUCCGCAAAGGCAGUGUUCCGUAUUUAUUGUUUCCUGCGUUGUGGUGUGUACUCAGUCCCAUCGCAUUGUCUGGUGUGCCUGGUUCUUGUGUAUUUAAAAAUGUUACUCAAUAAAGCAAUUCUUGCAACUGUU